AUGGAAAAACGCGGCCCACGUUUUAGGAUUGUUGGAGCUUUGAUCCCACGUUUAGAGAAUAGGGAAGUUUGUAUUUUGGGUAAAGCACUUUCUGUUGAUGCAUCUGGUCAACGAAUCACAUUACAAUGUGCGGAUGGCACUGAGGUCAGGUUAGCUACCCCGUACUAUCUCACCGUCUUUGUCAAGGUUUCGCCGGAGUUAUGCAUAGUUGAGGUUCAAGGUCUCGUCACGCAAGCUCACGAGAUCCAGGCUACUGCCGAUCCUGUCAUAUUCUCACAGGAGGCCAGUAACAAUUUCGAUCUUGAACGCUAUGCAUAUGCCGUUAACUUGACUGCCACAUUUGACGGUCUUUAUAUGCAGUCAACCGAAGAAUAG